GCUCUGAAGAGAUCCCUUUCUAGUUAAAGAUGGCCGCUGAUACUUCUGUUGAAAUACUUCAAAAAGUUCUGGAGAAUGAAAUACUUCAGACUACCAAGGUUGUGGAAGAACAUCUGGAUGCUGAAAUGCAGAAGCUGGACCAAAUGGAUGAAGAUGAAUUGGAACGCCUUAAACAAAGGAGGCUUGAGGCACUAAAAAAGGCCCAGCAGCAGAAACAAGAGUGGCUUUCAAAAGGACAUGGAGAAUACAGAGAAAUCCCAAGUGAGAGAGACUUUUUCCAAGAAGUCAAAGAAAGUAAAAACGUGGUUUGCCAUUUCUACAGAGAUACAACAUUCAGGUGCCAAAUAAUGGACAAACAUUUGACUGUUUUGGCAAAAAAGCAUAUUGAGACAAAGUUCUUGAAAUUAAAUGCUGAAAAAUCACCUUUCUUGUGCGAGAGACUGCGCAUCAAAGUAAUUCCCACUCUAGCACUGGUGAAAGAUGGAAAAACACAAGACUACGUUGUAGGCUUUACUGACCUCGGCAAUACUGAUGAUUUCACUACAGAGACCUUAGAAUGGAGGUUAGGCUGUGCAGCCGUCAUUAAUUACAGUGGAAACUUGAUGGACCCACCUUUUCAAAGUCAGAAGAAAUUUGGAACAAACUUCACAAAGUUGGAUAAGAAAACCAUCAGAGGAAAGAAAUAUGAUUCAGAUUCUGAUGAUGACUAGAAGAACAGCUAAAUAAAUGUAUUUGUAAAUCAUCUUUUGUUUAUGCUUGGUACAUUUCUAAGAAUGUUUUAUAUAAACCUUACUGCUCUUCAUUACAGCUGCACAUAAUGCUCAUUUUUCUAUAUAGUUUUAUACAACUGAGUCACAGCAGAAAAAAGCUUUUUUUUUUUUCCCUCUUUUUGAAGCCAUU